AAGUCCGAGGUCUGGAUGUCAGACGUUUGGGAAACUAUUUCCACAUCACCAAGUAAAAUCUACGUAAGUGUAUCCUAGGCUAUACAAUUAAACCUUGCGGCCAUCGGUGUUCUACAUCCGUUCUAUCCUUCCUGUCUCCAAUUUGACUUUACCUCAUACCUUUCCCGCCCUUCCGCCCGCCGCCAGAUUACCUGCCCGCCAAAUACCACGUGAUAACGUCUCGAUUGGGUUUGGAGCUAAGCACCAGGCAAGCUCUUGCCGCGAAUACCUUAGAAUAUCAGCCUUGUCAACAAUUGUUCCAUAACGACAAAACUCCAUAACUCAAAAUUCAUCAUGCCUGCUACCACGGCAGAAACUCUCUCCCUCGUUACGAGAAAUGUAUCAGUUGCACCACUGGUAUUACUUUCAGCAGCAGAUCAUUACGGACGACAAGCGAAAGGCACGCGCAGACGUGUAGUUGGAGUCCUGUUAGGACAGAAUGAUGGAAAGAAUGUACGGGUAUCAAACAGUUUUGCUGGUAAGUUGGUUCUUUGGCAGCUUGUAUUUAGUGCUGGUUGUAGUUUUUUAAAUCAUACUAAUAGCAACUUCCAAUAGUCCCAUUCGAAGAAGAUGAGAAAGACCCAUCAGUAUGGUUUUUGGAUCACAAUUACGUCGAAUCGAUGAAUGAUAUGUUUAAGAAAAUCAAUGCGAGAGAAAAGCUAAUAGGAUGGUAUCAUACUGGGCCUAAACUGAGAGCUUCAGAUUUGGAGAUCAAUGAGUUGUUUAAGAGAUAUACUCCCAACCCGUUACUUGUGAUUAUCGAUGUUCAACCAAAGGAGGCUGGCGUACCAACAGAUGCUUAUUUUGCGGUAGAGGAGAUUAAGGAUGUAAGUUUGUUCUACUGAUGAAGCGAGUGGAUGAACACUAAUGAAAUUUAAGGACGGCACAACUACAUCCAAGACUUUCGUACAUACACCAUCGAUCAUCGAGGCUGAGGAGGCUGAGGAAAUCGGAGUUGAACAUUUACUUAGAGAUAUCAGAGAUGUGGCAGUUGGAACCCUUUCGACACGAAUCACAAAUCAAGUACAAUCAUUGCAAGGGCUACACGCACGAUUACGAGACAUUAGCCAAUAUUUACAAAACGUUCUCGAUGGAACUUUACCAGUCAACCAUGCCAUUCUAGGCAAUCUUCAAGAUGUUUUCAACCUCCUCCCUAAUUUAUCUACACCCAAAGCUUCCUCUCACAUUCCUAACGGCAUCGACGCACCUGUUGAGAAUAACAGCGAAUUAGCACAUGCUAUGAGCAUAAAGACCAAUGAUCAAUUGAUGGCUAUCUACUUAAGUAGUUUGAUCCGCGCCAUUACCGCCUUCCACGACCUUAUCGAAAACAAAAUUCAAAAUAGACAACAGCAAGAGGAGAAGGAAGCCAAGAAGGAAGAAGCCAAAGAUGAGAAAGACAAGAAGACUGAUGGGGUUGAAGGUGUGAAUGGAGAUGGAAAAGAGAGCAAGGAAGCGGAAAAGGAGAAAGAGGAUAAGGAAAAGAAGAAGUGAUGAUGGAAUGACAGAUGGAGUUGGUGAAUAUCUUUGGGUGUUUAAUGAGGUAUGGGCAUUCAGAACAGGGCAUGACAUAUGGCAUUUGAGAUGAGGUUGAAAAUGAUAUGUCAUUGUAUCAUAAAUUCAUAGCUUGCGAAUAAUAGCAGCUAUGCAAAGUUUUAAAUGUGACUUUAACACUCUAUACGUGCUCG